UCGACGUCAGCCUCAAGGCAUCGCAGCCUUUGACAACAUGUCAAGUCUUCUGCAAGUCUUCGAAUUGAAUUUGGAGGAGGACGGUAGCCCAGGUUCUGAAAGGGCUUAUGUCCGCUUGCCGCCCCCAGUGAAGCCGUAUGUGCUGAGGUUCACGAUUGAAGCUGGCGGAUCUGCUUGCCGCGAUGGCAGGCUCUGGACAAACUUCCCACCUCGCGGCUCCGAAUUUGAUCGGAAGAAAUUCUGGGAGCACAAGCUUCCUACCGACUUUAGCAAGCCGAUUCAACUCGACCUUUGGAUCACACACGCAGGUGUCUUCGAAUUCUACGUCGAACAUGCCGCACCUAUACAACGAUCGCCUUACCCGACAAAAGAGCAGCCCAUCUGUCUUGGCGCAAGUGGGAUGGAGCGCGUCAAAAGCAAGCGGGGGUACUUCAACGUCGACCCGCUCCUGCGGCUCCCUAAACGCACACCUGUUCUGGGCGGCAAUGGUGGCAUGGUGCUCAAGGAUGUCAUCAAUCUGCCUCAGGACGGCAUCGUGCUGCAGUCUUUCGUUGCCAAAUGGGCUGGCGGCCUGAGCUCAUGGGGCCCUCAUCUCGAUCUCGCACGCGACUCGGGAUACAACAUGUGGCACUUUCUUCCCUUGCAAGUGCGCGGCCAGAGCAACAGCCCCUACUCGCUCGCCGAUCAGCUGGAUUUCUCGCUCGACCUUUUCGACGCAAAGGCAGGUGCUUCAAAGACCAGGGCGGACCGUUUCAAGACGAUGCAAACUUGGUUGAAUCGGAUCCGAUCCGAAUGGGGAAUCCUGAGUAUGACAGAUGUGGUGCUCAAUCACACGGCAAACAACACUCCUUGGCUCUAUCAACACCCCGAUGCCGGUUACAAUAUUGUCAACUCUCCACAUUUGACGCCCGCUGAGGAGCUGGACCGCAAGCUCAUGGAGUUCUCCGCAUCCCUCAGUGCGCUUAACUUGCCCACUCGCGUCACUUCGCAGUCCGAUGUCGAUGCCAUCAUGAGUGGCGUCAAAGCUCACGUCCUCAAUCAGCUAGAACUCUGGCAGUACUAUGUCAUCGAUGUCGAGGCUCACACGAGAGCGUUCCAGACUGCCUGGGGCCAGUCCGAUGCUGCGUUGACCAAGCUUCCUGAACAAGAGUCGCUUGAUGACAAGGGCUUGGACGACGCUUCUGCGCUGCUCCAGAAGCACGCCUUGCGCAAUCGAAUGGCACUCUCUUCUCGCUACUGCACAGAUAUCGAAAUUGGCACUGCUAUCGGCAUUAUGCGAUCGCUUGGCAGGUCCAAGCCAGAUGGAGACGUGUUCGAAGCUUUCAAGAAAGCGUUAGACGCCAUCAACGUGCCUCUCUAUACCGUCUACGAUGACGACCUCAAGGCCAUCACGGCCAACCUCGAGGGCCGUUUGAAGUACCAACGCCUAGAUCCACGCGGACCUCAGCUUGGCGAAAUCAGCCCAAGCUCGCCCUUCUGCGAACCAUACUUCACACGUCUCGAUCCAAAAGACCCCAGAGCAAAAGGUCAGAAUCCGAAGAGUCUUGCGCUGGCGCACAAUGGGUGGAUCUGGGCUGCCGACCCUCUGGUGGACUUUGGCACAUCUGCCUCAAGAGUGUACCUACGGAGGGAGCUGAUUUCCUGGGGCGACUGCGUCAAGCUCCGCUUCGGCAAGGGCCCAGAAGACUCUCCAUUCUUGUGGAAGCACAUGGAGGAAUACGUCAAGUCUAUCGCAGUGCUCUUCGACGGCUUCCGGAUCGACAAUUGCCACUCUACGCCGAUUCAUGUCGGCGAAUUUCUUCUAGACGCCGCUCGAAAGGUCAACCCCAACCUGUACGUUUGCGCCGAGCUUUUCACCGGUAGCGCCGAGAUGGACGUGUACUUCGUCAGCCGCCUCGGAAUCAACAGCUUGAUCCGCGAGAUGGACAAUGCGAACGAUCCGAAGGAGGAAAGUAGGCUGCUCUAUCGCUUCGGUGUCAACAAGCCAGUUGGAUCCAUGGACGACGAUUGUUUGGCCAAGGAGAGCGUCAUGCGAGAGCCUCUCAAGGGAAAGGCUGUCAAGUGUAUCAUCAAGCCUCUCCUCGGCUCGUCUCCCCAUGCGCUGUUCAUGGACAUCACACACGAUAACGAGACACCAACCGCAAAGCGCACAACCAUUGAUGCCUUGACGAUGGGUGCCCUCGUCGCCUUUUCCUGGUCUGCAAUUGGCUCCACUCGUGGAUUCGAUGAGCUGUACCCCAAACAUCUUGAUGUCGUUCAGGAAAAGCGACAGUAUCGCGCCUUAACAUCGGUGGAACAGGCAGCAAUUGGGCCUGUACGCCGCAUUCUCAACCAUCUUCACACCGAGAUGGUCCUCGAGGGGUAUGCAGAAGGUCACAUGCACCAGGAGAAUGACUACAUCAUCGUCCAUCGGAUUCAUCCUGUCACCCACAAGGGCUAUGUGAUCGUUGCACGUACAGCGUUCCAUGAUUCUACCGAUGAGCGCGGCUUUCUCUCUCCGAUCAUCUUGAAGCGGACUAAGGUUUACUACAUUUUCGGCAAGACCUUGCGCUUGAAGGGAGCGGUUCAGGAGGACGAGAGAUUCCUGUGUGGUAUCCCAUCAGAGCUGGUGGACAUUGCUGCUCCGGAAUUGCGCGCAGGCAAGGAUCAUGACGGCACUUUCACCGAGAUUGUCAUCCCUGACUGUUUCCCGUCGGCUAGCGUGAUGAUUUUCGCUACGGAGAUGGAUGGCAUUGAUGCCAACUUAGAAACCUUGUGCAAGAGCGGCGCUGCAGAAGCUCUUGCUCCAUUAGACCUUGUCGAUCUGAACAUCGUCUUGCACCGCGCCGAAGGAGAGGAGCGGGACAUUACAGGAGGUGCGGAUGGCGCAUAUGUUGUCCCCGGCUACGGGCCGUUUGUCUACUGUGGGUUGGAGGGUUGGAUGCCAGCUUUGCGUCAGAUUAUGGAGCAGAACGACCUAGGACACGCUUUGUGCGCGCAUCUCCGUGAGGGGACGUGGGCGAUGGACUAUUGCGUGAACCGGUUGCAGAGGCACAUGAAUCUCUUCCCUCGUCUGCGAGGAAUUCACGCCUGGCUUGAGGAGCGCUUCAAUGCGGUCAAAACUUCAGCACCUCCAUUCAUGCGGCCAAAGUACUGUGCACUCAUCAUCAACAGUGCAUACACAGCAGCCAGAGAGCGCACUCUGAGCCAAAUGUCUGCUUUCGUUGCCGAUGGCCACGAAUUUACGAAGUCUUUAGCACUCUGCGCUGUGCAGAUGAACGGCAUGGUCAAAUCAGCCUCACUUUGGCCAGAUAAGCAUAGUGCGUCUAUGGCAGCCGGAUUGCCUUUCUUUGCGGCUGGUUGGGCUCGUCUGUGGGGCCGCGACGUCUUCAUCUCGCUGCGUGGCCUUUAUCUUACCACAGGCAUGUACCAAGCCGCGCACGACCACAUCAUUUCCUUCGGCAGCACCUUGAAGCACGGCCUCAUCCCGAACCUGCUCGACUCGACGCGGACUCCUCGAUACAAUUGUCGUGACGGUCCAUGGUUCUUUGCGCAGAAUGUUCAAGACUACACGACCAUGGUGCCCGGAGGCGAAGCUAUCUUGCAAGAGAAGGUGAAGCGUCGUUUCCCUGCCGACGAUACAUGGGUGCCGUGGGAUUCUCCUCAAGCCUUUGCCUACUCCAGCACAGUCGCAGAGCUUAUCCAGGAGAUCUUGCAGCGCCAUGCUACUGGAAUUCACUUCCGCGAAUACAAUGCGGGGCCUGCUAUCGACAAUGAUAUGAAAGACGAAGGCUUCAACAUUGACAUUGAUGUUGACUGGAAGACCGGUAUUAUCUUUGGUGGUAACAGGUACAAUUGCGGAACCUGGCAAGACAAGAACGGCAGUUCGCAGAAAGCAGGGAACAAAGGCCAUCCCAGCACACCUCGCGACGGUGCUGCUAUUGAAAUUACUGCACUACUCAAGAGCACAUUGCGUUGGGUGUCGGCUCUGUCAAAGCAAGGCAAGUGGCCGGCCAAGGGCGUCGAAGCUACCAUCGAUGGGCGCAAAACAAAGGUUACAUAUGCCGAGUGGGAUGCACUACUUGCAAAGUCGUUCGAGCGAUGUUACUGGGUGCCACUAGACCCAGCGGAAGACAAGACUUAUGACAUCGAUCCGCAGCUCGUCAACAGGCGUGGUAUCUACAAGGACGUUUAUGGCAGCGGAACAGGCAGGGAGUGGUCAGACUAUCAACUUCGCGCCAACUUCCCGAUCGCCAUGACCGUUGCACCGGAGCUUUUCGACCCGCAACACGCCAUCACCGCCCUGCAAGCGGCAGACAAUGUCUUGCGCGCUCCACUUGGAAUGCGCACGCUCGAUCCUAGCGACAUGAACUACCGUGGUGACUACGACAACACCAAUGAUUCCGACGACUACCGCUUGGCGGCGGGUGCCAACUACCACCAAGGGCCCGAGUGGCUGUGGCUCACCGGCGAGUUCCUGCGAGCGUAUCUUCACUUUGAUAGCAUAGCUGGUUCCGGCCGUCACGACAAGGCGGAAACUUUCCACCGUGUCUCGUCAAUGAUGCUUCAGCACAAAAAACACAUCCAGUCAAAUCCGUGGGCCGGCUUGCCUGAGCUGACAAACAGCAACGGCACCUUCUGUGUGGACUCUUGCAGGACGCAAGCUUGGAGCGCUUCGACAAUGCUCGACACGCUGGAAGAAAUGAUGCGGUUGCAGAAAAAUACCAAAUGACUUUGCGUAGCUGACGAAGGACAGAGCAAACCAAUCAAGCGCCAUCGUAUUAUAGAUUUUCACAUGUCUUUCAUUCACAUCUGCGCCAAUACAUGUGGGUACGACCUCAUUGUAGACUAUGAGUCCAGCAAUCGUACGCCGAGGAUAUG